AUGGACUGGGUUCCCCCAGAGCUUCUCAAGGACACGGUUGACAAAUAUUUCUUUAAAAGUAUGUGGUACGACUGGCGUCUUGUUGAAUUUCUCGAGUUUAAACAAGACGAAAUCCUGGCUGGACUUUCAAAGAUGUCCGUACAUCAUUCAUAUAAGAAAGAUUUACAACUGAUUUUGGGGUCAGAAACACCAGAAGACGUCUCCUUCGCCAUUAUGAAACAACUAACUAAAAAGAUAUUGGAAAGUGAUGAAGUCAAAAUGUUCUGGAAAGCAAUAACUGCUAAAAAGAAAUAUAUGGAACAGUUAACUAUUACCAGAGCAAGUGCUUCAUUUGAAAGCAACGUUCUCAAAACUUGUGGGAAAAGAUUCAAUGAAGAAAUCGAUGCUGUGGCUCAACAAGAUAUAAAGAGAGUGGAACUUGGAAAUGAUAAUGAAUAUGUUAGCACACCCACAAGAAUAGAUAAUAAAAGUGAAGUCCAAAUCGAAGAAAUAAUAAAUGAAGAAUACCAAAAAGUGAGGAUCGACAAGGAAGAGAUGGAACAAAUGGCGUUUUGGACAGACAAUAAGCAAUCUAAUCAAACAAAAAUAGAAUCAUUCUCGACUUCUCAUAAACCGAUCCUUACACCACAUAAGUUUAAUAUGAUAUCAUCAAAAGUUAUUCCUGGAUUUAAAUCCCUUAAAAGUAUUCUUAAUAUAAGAUACCCUGAGAUAGCAAAUGAGAUUGAAACUUACGAGCAAGAACAGAAAAGACUAAUUAGCUUGGGAACAACUCUUACGAAGUGGUUACGAAAAACUUUAUCAUCAUCCACUCUAGAGGAGCUACAUGAAUGUCUUAUACAACCAUUGCAAGGUGAAUGCAUUACAGAUCGAGAAAAGAAACUGCAUGAAAUAUUUGAAAUAACAUUAAAGGAAUUUUACAUAAUGAUCAAAUAUAAUCCAAAACAUACUAUCGUGAGACACAAUUCGGAGAGAAAAUUUCUUGUUGAAAGGGUGUCAACACCAUUUAAACUUGUCGAAUAUGUGUUUGGAACCAUUACAACAUAUUGGAUUGAAAAGCAAAUUAUGUCAACCAAGGCGACAGAGUUUAUAGACGAUCCAACUGGUGAACUAACAUCUAAGAAGGUUGAUGGGCUAGCUACAGAUAUUACAUAUAAUAUAGAUGUGAUGAAUAUGGAGUUAUCAGGAGGUCCCUUUCAACAGGAUCGAAAACAUACUCUCGAGGAUUCAGAGAAAAUAUCCAAUACUGGCGUAAAUAUUCUUCUUAUGAGUCUUCGAAAGUACCUUGGUGCUAGUAUUGAGACCGCAAAGAAACUAAAAACAUAUAAUAUACAAAUCGUUGAAGACCGAAUCACACUAAUAGAAGUAUCACUUUACAAACCACAAAUCUGCAAAGAAGUUGAAGUUAGAAGCGCUGUCUUUCCAUUUGCAUUGUCUUCCAUAGGAGAGUAUAUGCGUGUUUUUGAGCUUAUAUCAUACUAUGUGAAUGGACUGCUCAAGCGCCAAAAGAUCUUGCAAGAGUUAUCUAACGAAAAUAAUGGGGUAAAAGAGAUAACCUCAGAAAUAUUUUUGGAUUGGUGGAAUAAGACACAAUAA